GGCAAAGCGGGCUAUUUGCCAGUAACAAGGAUGGUGGUUCUAGUGGUGUUUGGGGAGAUAGAGUAGGAUUGCCUCCGGGCGGCCCCCGAAGUUGUUAGAGAAACCCCCCCAGUUUUAUGUCCUGGAGCCCAAAGGAGGGAGGCCUCAGGGGAAAUCUGAUGAUGUAACUAAAACUCUCCUAACUAAACUACAUACCUUAUCUGAUAGAGGACUUUUCACAAAGCAGUACUUCUGAUUUCCUGGGUAUGUUCUGUGCACUGAGCAACCAUGGACUCCAAGCAGAAGUGUCAGCGUUGCGCUCUGCGCACUCUCUCACUCUGUAUUACACUCUGCUUCUCUGUGAGUAGCAGCAUCAGCAUCAGCAUUGGAAGUUGCUGCUCAAGGCUCCAAGUGGUGCAGCAGUCUUAGCCCUGAUGCUUUUUAAACAGACAGAUUGGUGGAUGCCCCAGCAAGCCAAAAGUGGCAAAGAUGAGAUGACUGCAAAUUUGGGUCUGACCACAACAAAGGCACUUACUGUCCUGAGAGACCAACUCUCAACACUCUUGGAGGGGCAUCAGAAGGAUCGGAAGAAGGUAGUUUCAUGGAAGGAAGUGUGGAAGACCAGUUUCUUGUACCAUGGCAACCGUUGCUCUUGUUUCCAUUGGCCGGGAGCAUCCUUAAUGCUGUUGGCAGUAUUGCUACUAUUAUGCUGUUAUGGGAGCCAGCCACAAGGAAGUGAAGGUUCUGAAAUUGUAAAUGCCUUGGCCUUGUUCCUGCUGGUCCUUCUGGAUCUUUUCCUGAUUGGGCGGCAAGAGGGGUUGAAGCGUCGGGAAGUUGAAUGGCGGCUUCGGAACAUUAUCAACAAAAUAGAUGAUGUCUUAAAAGAUGGCAAAGAGUCGAUUUGGGCAAGUACCAUGUACCCAGAUGUUCACAUGCCUUUUGCCCCAUCAUGGUCCCUCCACUGGGUCUACAGGGAUGGUCGUCUCAUCAAUCUCCCAGUUAGCUUGUUAGUAGAAGGUGAUGUUGUUGCUCUGAGGCCGGGGCAGGAAUCUUUCACUUCUCUUAGAGGGAUUAAGGAUGAUGAGCACAUUGUCCUGGAGCCAGGAGAUCUGUUUCCCCCCUUUUCUCCUCCCCCUUCACCCAGUGGAGAGAUGAAGAAGGGACCCCAGAAUCCCCAGCUGUAUCGACUAUUUUGUGUCACAAAAACACCAGUGAUUGACAAUGUCAAGUUAUGUUUGGAAAUGGCCUUGUCACGACCUGUGACUGCUCUGGAUAAUGAAAGGUUCACAGUGCAGUCAGUGAUGCUCAAGUUUGCUGUCCCUGUUGUCUUGACUGGCUUCCUCAUCACCAAUGCUAUGCGCUUUGUUUUCAUGGCUCCUGGAAUAAUCCCUUGGCAAUACACUUUUUUUCAGUUACAGGUCAAUGGUGUAUUGCCCAUCCUCCCGUUGCUGUUUCCUGUCCUGUGGAUUCUUGCUACUGCCUUUGGUGAGGCCAGAGUUUUGGCCCAGAUGAACAAGACCUCACCCACUUCCUUGCUGGCUAAAUUUUCGGAAGACACCCUCAGCAGCUACACAGAGAUGGUAUCCUCACAGGAAAUGAUCCGUUGUAUUUGGAGUCACUUCUUGCGUGUUCUGAAGGGAAAAUCCCCAACUCUUACCUUUACCUCUAGCUUGCUUCACAGCUUGGGAUCUGUCACAGUUCUUUGCUGUGUGGAUAAGCAAGGAAUUCUGUCCUGGCCUAAUCCCAGUCCAGAGACGGUUUUGUUCUUUAGUGGCAAAGUGGAACCGCCUCACAGCAGUCAUGAAGACCUGACGGAUGAACUCUCCACGCGUUCCUUCUGCCACCCAGAAAUGGAUGAAGAGCCCCAUGAAAGGGAUGCUCUUCUAUCUGGGCCUUUGUCAGAUGUUGUUCACAUCACCAAUGAGCAAGACAGGGCUGAGUGGUCCACCUGCAACACACCUAAAUCUUCGGAUACACACAUUCACAAGAAACCCAGUGGUCGCAGCAAGCACCACUCGGGAUCCAAUGUGAGCUUUUCCAAGGACAUUGAAGGGGGAGAAGAGGAACCAGUGAAGGUUGAGGGUGACAAUGAGGGACUGGCCUGUGAGGCUGAAGACUUUGUAUGUGAUUACCAUUUGGAGAUGCUGAGCUUGUCACAGGACCAGCAGAAUCCUUCCUGCAUCCAGUUUGAUGAUUCCAAUUGGCAGAUGCAUCUAACCUCCUUGAAACCCCUGGGCUUGAAUGUGCUGCUCAACCUGUGCAAUGCCAGUGUGACAGAGCGCCUGUGCCGUUUUUCUGACCAUCUCUGCAACAUUGCCCUGCAGGAGUCGCACAAUGCUGUGUUGCCAGUGCAUGUGCCGUGGGGACUUUGUGAGCUUGCCAGGCUCAUAGGCUUUACACCUGGUGCCAAAGAGCUGUUCAAGCAGGAAAACUACCUGGCACUUUACCGCCUGCCAUCAGAUGAGAUGGUGAAAGAAGUGAUGGUUGGCAAGCUUUCAUUCAUCACCAAAAGGAGGCCGCCUUUGAGUCAUAUGAUCAGCCUUUUUGUGAAAGAUACCACUUCCAGCACUGAGCAGAUGCUGUCCCAUGGGACUGCGGACAUAAUCCUUGAGGCCUGCACAGACUUCUGGGAUGGCUCUGAUAUUUAUCCUCUCUCUGGAUCUGACAGGAAGAAAGUGUUGGAUUUCUACCAGCGUGCCUGUCUCUCGGGGUACUGCUCUGCCUUCUCUUAUAAGCCCAUGCACUGUGCCUUGUCCUCCCAGCUCAAUGGCAAGUGUAUAGAACUGGUGCAGGUCCCUGGGCAGAAUGCCAUCUUCACCUCCUGCGAUCUCCCUGGCACUACUCCCAUCAAGCAGAACAGCCGGAGGAACAGCUGGAGUUCAGAUGAAGGGAUCGGGGAAGUGAUGGAGAAGGAGGACUGCAUCCAGGCUCUGAGUGGCCAGAUCUUUAUGGGAAUGGUGUCUUCCCAGUAUCAGGCUCGAUCUGAUGUUGUUCGCCUAAUUGAGGGACUUGUCAAUGCCUGCAUUCGUUUUGUUUACUUCUCUCUGGAAGAUGAGCUCAAGAGUAAGGUAUUUGCUGAGAAGAUGGGUCUUGAGACUGGCUGGAACUGCCAUAUAUCCCUGACACCCAAUGGAGAUGCUCCUGGGUCAGAAAUCCCACCUUCCAGCCCCAGCCACGCAGGCUCCUUGCGAGAAGACCUGAAUCAGGUCUCACGAGAUGAUGCAGAGGGCCUUCUGCUGAUGGAGGAAGAAGGACACUCAGACCUUAUUAGCUUUCAGCCAACAGACAGCGAUAUUCCCAGCUUUCUGGAGGAUUGUAAUCGGGCCAAACUUCCCCGGGGAAUCCACCAGGUGAGGCCCCACUUGCAGAACAUUGACAACGUGCCUUUGCUCGUUCCUCUGUUUACUGAUUGCACCCCAGAAACCAUGUGUGAGAUGAUCAAGAUCAUGCAGGAAUAUGGGGAGGUCACGUGCUGCCUGGGCAGCAGUGCCAACCUACGAAACAAUUGCCUUUUCCUCCAGAGUGACAUUAGCAUAGCACUGGAUCCUCUUUAUCCUUCCCGAUGCUCUUGGGAGACAUUUGGUUAUGCCACCAGCACUAACAUGACCCGCAUUUCUGAUGAGCUCACACCUCUUCAACUAUCGGGCCAGCUGAACAGCUUGUCUUGUUCCCUGUCUAUUUAUCCUGAAGAGACAAUUGGGAUCAUUAGACUUAUAGAACAGGCUCGGCAUGCAACAUAUGGCAUUCGCAAGUGUUUCCUGUUCUUGCUACAGUGUCAGUUGACUCUGGUCAUUAUCCAGUUCCUCUCUUGCCUGGUGCAGCUGCCUCCCAUUCUCAGUACCACAGACAUUUUGUGGCUUUCUUGCUUCUGCUACCCAUUGCUAAGUGUUUCCCUUCUGGGCAAGCCACCCCAUAGCUCCAUCAUGUCUAUGGCCACUGGGAAAAAUCUGACCUCAAUUCCUAAAAAGACUCAGCACUACUUCCUGUUCUGCUUCCUGCUGAAAUUCAGCCUCACCAUCUGUUCCUGCCUGGCUUGCUUUGGCUACAUGCUGCAAGAUUACUGUGCAAACUUCAACUCCUCUGCCUUCAAUGUAAAUGUCACAGGCUGCUCUUCCAUCACGCUGCACAGAGGUGUAGAACCCUCCCCUGAUUGGUUUGGAUCAUUUUCCAAUAUUCUUCUUCUGGCUCAGAAGUUUACAGCCGGAACGAUUGUCUUACACACUGUAUUUAUAUCUGUCACCCAUGUCCAUCGUACCAAACCACUGUGGAAAAAAAGCCCCUUCACUAACUUCUGGUGGACCCUGACCGUGGUGGUUGUAUUGUUGGGUCAGGUCAUCCAGACCUUCCUGGACUUAACACUCUGGGUAAACCUUGAGUCUCCCGUGACCUACCAAAUGCAUGACAUUCCCAUGGCUUCCUGGCUGCUGGGUUUGCUCUCUCUUAUCUUUGUCGUCAUCAUCAAUGAAACAGUCAAGCUCCAUGAGAUCAGGGUUCGAGUCCGUUAUCAGAAGAGACAGAAGCUGCAGUUUGAAACCAAGCUGGGCAUGAAUUCUCCAUUCUAGGUGCUCCAAGGGGCCUAAAGGCUGCAUGUCACUUUUUCAAAUUGUCACGUCCCUUUGCUGGGAGAGAGAAACCAGCCUUGCAUGUGGAUCCCUGUGGCAGGAGUGGAUCAAGACAGACCAACCCUUAAGUGAUGGCUCCAGCAGGAGAAGAAGAAGCAGGUGAAGAUGCAACGCCACGGCAAUGACAUUAGUGAUACAUGUGUUGCUGCUGCUGCUACUGCUGCUACUUGGGUUAUUUAUUUUUGUAACUUUUCCCUUGGAAUCCAUCUGAUUGACUUGGAUGCAAGAGUGUGCCCUUAUGCAAGGAAAACCCAUCCUGAUUUUCUUUUCUCCCAACUUUUCAUUCUUGACAACAUCCUCACACAUGCACAUGCAUACAUAUCCUUCUUGCCUUGGUGACCUCCUUGUCAGUUGCUUCCCUUAAAUAAGAUCAUACUUAUUGGUUCAGGGGAGCACAGCAUCGUUUCCCUAGGAGGGAAUAGAAGCCACCUUUCCUGGUCGCUCGCCCUGAGGGACAGCAGCCUCUGAGGGCUUCUGAGGGACAGCAGCCUCCUCCUCACAAAGGUUGCUGUCCCAGCAUGGGUGGCAGGGCUCUCUUGCAUCAGAUGAACAAGAUUGUAGUAUGCCAAGCAGAAAUGUUUGGAGGUUUGUCCACAAGAGCGUAACUUUGUCAGCAGUUACUGUGGUCAAAUUCCUCUAGAAUGUAAAGUGUGUAACAGCCCAGGUCCUUCAUUUCCGUAGUGGAGAAUUUUCUAGGGAAUGAAUAAUAUUUCUGUGGCCAUCUUGGCUGGGCCAUCAGGAGACUCCCUCUUAGUACCCAACACUUCAAAAUAUCCUGGAUUUGUCUCUUGAUCUUUCCCUCACCCUCCCUAUCCCCCGUCCCCGUUGAUAGACCUCAUGAGUGUCCAAACAUGGAAGUCCCCGCACUCAUAUGUACAUGGAAAAAAACAUGUUCCAUGAUGUUUGUGUUCUGACACUGAUUACGUAUUUUUUUCAAUGUGAGAGUGCAUUUAAAAGCAAUCUUGGCUUUGCCCACAUCUCUUCCUGCCUUAUAUCCAAAGGCUGGACAUUGUGCUUUUCAAAAUCAGCAACUAGACUCUCUCUGCUGCACCUGAAUCCUCCCUGCAGUUUAGGAGGAUGUCACUGCUUGAUUUCAUUUGGUGAAGAUGUGGAUGGUGGUAGACACAAUCCCUGCACCACCACCACGCCACAAUCUCUUUCUAAAUACAGAGCCAGUCUGGAGGGGAGCUCAUCCAAAACUGGGAGGGCACUUGCAUCUUCCUUGUUACCUCUUCUUUAUUACUUGCCAGUUUUUAUGAAGGUUUUUUUGGCAGGAAGGAAUCAAAAUCACUACCUCUAUGACCAGCCUCCAUCAUGUUGCUUCUUUUGGGGACAAUGCCAGCAGCACCUGCUUUGUAAACACAGGGAUUUUUACUUUCUCAGUCAAAUUUAGAUAACAGGGCAUUUGCUGGACAGGCAAAGCUUUUUUGAUGAAGCAUUAUGGGAUACUGUAGAAUGGCUAGUACAGUUUUUUUUCUGAUCUGAUAUUUUUCAUGUGUAUUGGGCCUUGUGUCCUAUCAUUGCCAGCUAGCAGGGCAAGUCCAAUUCAUCUGGAAGUCACCUAGUUUGAGAGAACAGGCCUAGACAGCUGUGGUCAUUCUGGGUCAAUAUCUGAAAUGUGUUCAGAUCCUGACCCACCAUUGCAAAGGCAUUAAUAACCUUGUUGAAAACGGUUCUUUUUUACAGACUGGAGUCAAACCAACUGGCCAUGAUUGUUGAACUGGCCAUAGUGCUGAACCCAUGGCACAUAACCCCCCCCCCCCCCGAAAAGUAGGGGUGGUAUUUAACUCUUCUCUCCUGAGUGAAAUGGCAUUUAUCUUUGCUAGAUGAUAACCUCAGUUGCUAUUGAGCUUCCUUCUAGCUGGUGAUGAUGAGGAUCGAUAUCUUGUCUGUAGCAGGGCUAGAUUAUGUUCCUUAAAGAUCUCUAUAGAUUUCUCAAAGCCAUGUUUGACUUUGGCUAGGGAUUUGAACAGCAGACUUUUUAUAUUUCAAAAUAAGUUGCUGUCUAAAAAUCACUCUUCCUCUCCCCUCCUUUUUUUGAACUCUGCUCCUCCCAAUACAUUGCUAAAGCCUUGUUGUCUUUUCACAGCAUGUGAGCUAUAUAUGGUGGGCCUCUAGGACCAGGGAAUGUACUCUGGUUCAUACAUUAGCCAGUGUGCUGCUGUCUUUUUCCCAGUGCCAGACUUGUUGCUGGCGUGAGAACUGGCCUGAGCUACAGAUACCUGGCUUGCACCCAUUAGAGGUGCUGGGCCUGUGUGUAUCUGUGAUACUAGACUGCUCUGCUAGGAAAAGGGCAGCUGUCUUAAUUUUUGUAGCCACAUUUUAGCAGUUUCCCUUGCCUCUCCUAUUUCUAAGUCAUUUGGGAGUUCUAGAUGCCUACAUCCAUUUGCCACAGGAAUGUUCUUAGGAUUGUGACCCACAAAAGACUGAGCUGGGUAGUUGUCCUGCAAGAGGUGACAUUUUCUGUCUGUUUUUUUUCUUUUUGUCUGUGAUGGCUGACAACUUGGAAUGUGAUUUUCAUCCUAGCACUUUCAGACAUACCUCCUCUCCUACAAGAGUCAGAACACACAGGCUGUCUCUUAAAAGGCCUUGUGACUCCAUUCCUUCUCCACAGCCAGGGCUUCAGAAGAGGGUGGGCACAGCUUUAGGAGUGAAUUCAGUCCAUCAAACUGUUUUUAAAUGAUGUAUAUUUUAUAUUUAAAACAUUUUUGGGGAUGUAUGUAAAAUAUAUUUGUAUUAUUAAAACUUGUAAAUUGUAUAAAAAAGGAAACAAAGAGCACCUGAUACGAAUGGUAAUAAAUGAUUGUCUUUGAUACAGUA